UUGCAUCGCAGCGCAUACACAAUGGCUGCUGGAAAGAGGGGAAAGCAAACAAUUUUUAGGCCCGCCGCGUCCAGCAAAAAAUAUGAGAAAAAAAUUACAAAAAAUCCGGGGAAUAGUUGAAAGUCAAGAAAAACGCCGUAGAAAGGAUGUUAACGCUCCCACGGGCGCUGUGUUUUUGCUGUGCUAAAGAUUUGGAAUCUCUCACUCUGCCUGCGCAGGGACACAUCGCACGCGUCCACCACAUGGCCCGCUGCCGCUAAGUUGCCAUGGCGACCGUAGCACCUAAUGACUGCCCCACCGUGGCAGAGCGCUGCCGGUCGAGGAAGAGGAGAGUGGAGGGAAAAGUGAGGAAGAACUUCUCGUGUCAGUUGUGUGAGAAGUCCUUCAACAGUUUGGAGAAGCUGAAGGUCCACUCGUACUCUCACACGGGCGAGAGGCCGUACCGCUGCACGCACAACGACUGUAACAAGGCUUUUGUCUCCAAGUAUAAACUGCUACGGCACAUGGCCACACACUCGCCAGAAAAGACACACAAGUGCAGCUACUGCGAGAAGAUGUUCCAUCGUAAGGACCACCUGAAGAAUCACCUCCACACGCACGACCCCAACAAAGAAGCCUUCAGCUGCACGGAAUGUGGCAAGAGCUACAAUACCAAGUUGGGCUUCCGAAGGCAUCAAGCCCUGCACGCCGCCCACCGCGGAGACCUGACAUGUCAGGUGUGUUUGCAGCCAUACCCGAGCACCCCCCUGCUGCUGGAGCACCUGCGCGGCCACGCCGGGAAAAGCGCCGCCGCCACGAAAGAGAAGCGCCAUCAGUGCGAACACUGCGAGCGGCGUUUCUACACCCGCAAGGAUGUGCGGCGCCACUUGGUCGUGCAUACAGGACGCAAGGACUUCCUGUGCCAGUAUUGUGCCCAGCGGUUCGGCCGCAAGGACCACCUCACCCGCCACGUCAAGAAGAGCCACGCUCACGAUCUGCUGAGGGUCAAGGCGGAGCCUGUGGACUUGAUGGAGCCGCGCUCCUCGCCGACAUCCGGGUCACUCGCUCUGAGGUAUCCGCUGGGUCACGCUUCUUACUCGCCGCCACCCUUGAGGGGGGACCUCGAGAGUUACCUGCUAGAGCUACAGGCCGAGGAAGCGCCCAAGCCAAAUGCUGCUGCCAUGGCGACCGGAGACGCGGUAUCGUCACUAGACUUCCUGUCUCCGCUGUUUAACUUUCUGCCUUACAACCAGGGGGCGGUGCCGGCGUUGGGAGUUCCUUACAGCCAGGAGGAGGGGCUACCUUCAACCAUGCCCAUGCAAGACACACCCGAGUCUCUCAGCCUCCUCCACACGCUUACUUCACACACACUCUCGCAAACCAGCACGCUCACUCCCAACUAUACACACCCACCGUCUCUGAAUACAACCACCACCCUGCCUCGCUUUCACCAGGCCUUCCAGUAACCCGAAUACACACACUUCACUGCCUUUUAUUCACCUUAAAGCACUUAAUCGAAUUCAAACAAGCACAGAACUCAAGCCAGUACCGCAUGAUGAAGGAACAUCUUGAUGUUACACGUCUAGUUACUUCAAGACCCAUUUUAGCUUUUAUCCAGAUGCGGAGGAUGCCAAACAUCACCGACAACCUUAACUAAAAGUGAAAGGCACAGUUUGGGUGUGUUUUUAGAGCAGGACUUUGUUUGCAGUGAAUUUUUUGGCUCACAAAACGGCCGUCAGAUUGAGCUUCGCUUUUCAAGUCCUCACAUUAGCACUUUGAACUUCGAGUUCCCUCAAGCUAAAGAUGGCGUUUCGUCUGUUUGUUAUGUUAGUUUCUAUGGCUCAUAAACUGUUGGGUACUGACCCCCCAGCAUUUUAGUGACCGUGUUGCACCUCUUCACAGCCAAAGGCAACCAAACCCCUCAUAGCUAUAGACAGGAAGGCUCAUCUCGUGAUGUUUUUGUUUAUUUUUUCCAUUUUUGAUGGCUGUUUGCCUUCAUGCUGCUGCUCAUCAUAAGAGCCCCAACGGACACCAGCACAGAACUGCUUCACAAUACAAACCAACAAAGGGAAAGAUGGACGGUCUCGCUCUCUCUCACACAGUCAUCCUUCUGUCUUUCUUCUUGCUCUUAAACGUUUUCAACCUCAUCCACCAUAAUGCUGGCUGUUGCACUGAUCAAAGCCGUCAAUGAAAGACACGACGUUCAUAUCAAUCUUUGCUGUGUCAAUCGAAACCGACGUCACGUAAAACUCCAAAACACAAACUGCAAUCUGUGACGGACCCUGUCGUGACACGCUGCUCUGCGAAUCUGGCCGGAGGAUCCUGCUGGUUUAUGAAUUGAAUCUAUGAAAGUUUGUGAUGCUCACAUUGACAACGAUUUAGCGAUUUGAGGUGACAGGAAUGGAUUACCAUUGGACGCUUAAGUGUUAAGUCGCUUGAUACAGUUGGUUACUGUAGCCCUGACCAUCGAGUUGUUGUCAAUGUGAACACCCCUAAAAAAACAAUUGCGUCCUCUAAAAGCAGAUUUGUGUGUGUGGGUAAAGUGCUAGCUAGUGUUUGGGGUUUUUUGAUUUAUUUCCUUGAAAGCUGAAGGUUGUUAAGCUUAAAAUGUUCGGAAAGCCUCCGUUUCGGGCAUACGUUUCAUAAUAGCACUUUCAGAAAAAUAAUAUGCUUUUGUUUCGUCACUAUUUGUGAAAGUAACAUUGUUAUAAAUGGUUUAGAUGUCAUAUUUAGCUCUCUAGAAGAUUUUUGUUCUUGCAUAUAUUCACAAUGCUAUACGUGUGAUAUUUUUACAGGUACACAUCAUACAGUGUUUUUGUUUUGUUCUUUUGCUUUAUUGCACAAAAUAUCAAAUUGUCAGUGUCUCUCAAAUGAGACUUCAGCCAAACGGCAAAAAACAAGGUUGAAUCAACCCCCGCUUACCCUCGGCAAGCACUUAUGUACUUCAUUUAUGUAUGUUUCCGAUGGCUCCAGUAUUGACAAAGUUGUGUAGAACUAUGUGGGCCGAAUGGGCCGCAACCAUGAGGUCCUCUGAAAGAGUGAUGUCAUUCAUUUCUAUUGCUGCUGAAUCAUGGACUUAUGUUGUGAAUCUAUAGAAUCGCUCGAAUUUAGAACAUUAUCAUUGGGAGCCACAACUUUUAAAACUCUUAUUUGUUUUCAUUGGUACCAUCGCAACACAGUGUGUGUGUGUGUGUGUGUGUGUGUGUGUGUGUGUGUGUGUGUGUGUGUGUUUGUGUGUGACACUCAUGCAAUAAAUCUGUUGGUUAAUGCUGCUAAUGGACCGUGUGUAGCCCCUGGUGGAGCAACAGACUUUCUCUCCUCCUUUAUUCCUAACAUUUCUGUUUUAGAGUAGUUGGGAUUAUGUGUGAGUGUGUGGGGGUUACGUGAGCCAUAUUGUUAAUGUAUUUGGAAUAUGGUGCAACUAUUGGAUGUCACCGCAGCAUGGGGAGGGCCGUGGAGGUACUGACCUAUGACCUAAGACGAGAGAUGGAAAAGACAGACAGCAUUCCAGCCAUAACGAUGUGUAACAUUGUGUUCUUGUUGUUUUAAAGUCUCCGUAUUGCUAUCCUGUGAUAAUGGCUUGCUAAUCAUGUAUAUUUUACAUUAAUGUAUUUUACAAACUACUGUUGCACGUGUAUAGCUUAAGACAGACAGAUUCCUAUAUAUCUGUGUGUUUGUGUGUGAAUGUUUGUGUAAAUGCAUUGAUUCCAUCAUGUAAACCUGCUGCCACAGCUGCUUAUUCAUUUCGUCUCCUACUGAUGACAUCAUCCAAAGAGAAAGUUAUUUAUUUACUGGCUACUUGAGUCAGGUUUGUGUUAAGGAGGGUGAAUGGCAGGCUGUUGGCAGUCGUGUGUGUAAUGAAGUGUGUGUUUGUUUGUGUGUUUUCAGACGACCUUUGCUGCUAUGUGAGGAGAGGAGAGAUUUGGUCCAGUGUUAAUACUGUCCACAGUACUGAAUGAUCAAUAAACAUACAAGAAG